CGCCGGUGGAGUGAGGCUCCUUGGCGCAAUUUUUUUGUUCGCUUUGUCGGCCGCGCAUCGGCGGCAUCCUCAGUGCAGUCAUGACAGUGGGAAAAAGCAGCAAGAUGCUGCAGCACAUUGACUUCAGAAUGCGCUGUAUCCUGCAAGAUGGCCGGAUCUUUAUUGGAACAUUCAAGGCAUUUGACAAACACAUGAAUCUGAUCUUAUGCGACUGUGAUGAAUUCAGAAAGAUUAAGCCAAAGAAUUCAAAACAGCCAGAACGUGAAGAAAAGAGGGUACUUGGUCUAGUGUUGCUUCGAGGGGAGAACUUGGUUUCAAUGACUGUUGAAGGCCCACCUCCCAAAGAUACUGGUAUUGCUAGGGUUCCAUUGGCAGGUGCUGCCGGAGGACCUGGAGUAGGCAGGGCAGCUGGUAGAGGUGUACCCGCUGGAGCACCUAUGCCACAGGCUCCUGCUGGACUGGCAGGACCAGUACGUGGCGUUGGAGGACCUUCACAGCAGGUUAUGACACCUCAGGGUCGUGGUAAUGUGGUGGCAGCUGCUGCAGCCGCCACAGCAAGCAUUGCUGGGGCCCCAACACAGUAUGCAGGUCGAGGAGGACCACCUCCACCAAUGGGCAGAGGAGCACCCCCACCAGGCAUGAUGGGACCACCCCCUGGCAUGAGGCCACCAAUGGGUCCACCAAUGGGAAUGCCUCCAGGCAGAGGAGGACCUAUGGGAAUGCUACCUCCAGGGAUGAGACCACCUCCACCUGGACCUCCACCACCUGGCAUGCGACCCACUCGGCCAUAAACCUGAUCAUUUUGCGUUCCAACUCCUGACUUUUCUGUUUCACUGGACUGUUCUGAUUCUUGUUUGUUUUUAUAUUGUAAAUGAAGCAGUUUUUUUUUAAAUAAACACCAUUUUGAUGUAGG